UUGAUUGAAUCACUUCGACCUAGAAUGGGAAAACUCUUAUAAAUGAAAAUAUAAUAUAGAAAUUAAGAGUAAUCUCUGAAAAAUGUGUAAAACAUGAAAUAAAGUUAUAUAUUUUUAAUAUUCUCGAAUCCCAAAGUGUAUUAGAUUGUUCCUAGAAUACGUAGCAUCGAAGUGAAAAAAACCAUUUCAAGAAGGGACCAGUGCCUGUUUCCAUUUGCCAAAAAUGUCGGAAAAAUCAGAUCACAUAACAUUAACCCUUAAUGAGUCGGCCUCAUCGACAUCUUCAGGUACCCAGUCCGGAAGUCGCAACAAAAGUCUCAGACGGUCAUGGAAUCAAUUGCCACGAUGUCAACGAAAUCUAAUCAUUUUAAUUAUUGCGGCCAUGUGCAUAAGUUUUGUAUUUCUACUGCCAUCUGAUUUAGUAACAAAGAAUGCUGUGAACUUGGACACGAAUGGAUUACCUUUUACCGGGCAGACUGCUGUUAGGCGAAAUAAUUUAGGAGAGGGUCACAAUGACGACAGUGUUAAUAAAGUGAUUUCUUCUCAAGGCGAUUCCUCUGAUUUAGCGCACAAUUUGGCGGUCAACGACUCAUUCUAUAUGCUUAAAUCGAUAAUAACACAAUCAAUUGAUAUUUCAUUCACAGCAGAAUAUUUUACCAGCGCCAGCACCACAAAACAAGAACCACAACCGCAAUCAGAUAUUGAAAAUGUUGUCAAUAUUCCACAAACCCAAAGAGAACAACAACAAGAACAUUUAAAUAUCAAACCAAUAGAAACAGCACAGCUUGCCAGUAUACUUAAUAAUGAUGUAAACAAUGCAAAUAAUUUAAAUCCCAGACAUUCAAAUAAUCCUGACGAGGACCGUACGGCAAUAGAGGCUUCCCUACAAGAUCCCUCAACUUUGCCAACUUUGAAUGGUGUAACUAUUGAAGAAUUGGGUCGUAUUGAUUUGAAACAUUUGCCGCAAAAGCAACAUUUUCACGGUCCUAAUAAUGAACGCCAAGAAGCCGUCGUCAAUGCAUUCCGUCACUCAUGGGAGGGUUAUAAAAAAUAUGCAUGGGGUCACGACAACUUGAAACCUAUGUCGGAGUCAUCAUACGAUUGGUUUGGCUUGGGCUUAACGAUUAUCGAUUCAUUGGAUACCAUGUACAUUAUGGGCUUGGAAGAUGAAUUUGUGGAAGCUCGUAACUGGGUCAAUGAAUUUCUGAAUUUUGAUGUUAAUCGUGAUGUAAAUUUAUUCGAAGUAACAAUUCGCAUACUGGGAGGUUUGUUAUCUGCGUAUCAUUUAAGUGCUGACAAAGUUUUCCUAAAAAAAUCGAUUGAGUUAGGUAAUCGUUUGUUACCUUGCUUCCUAUCACCGUCAGGCAUACCAUACUCAGAUGUGAAUUUGGCAGCGUUAUCAGCUCAUGCCCCUAAAUGGUCACCCGAUAGUUCUACUAGUGAAGUAACAACAAUCCAAUUGGAAUUUAGAGAUUUAAGUCGUCUUACAAAUGUCACUCUCUAUGAAAGUGUUGCACAUCGAGUUAAUGAAAAGGUACAUGCUUUGGAAAAGAAUAACGGGUUGGUGCCAAUAUUCAUCAAUGCCAAUACUGGAACGUUUAGGAAUUAUGCCACCAUAUCGUUAGGGGCUAGAGGUGAUUCUUACUAUGAGUACUUGAUAAAACAGUGGAUUCAAACUGGUCACAAAGGAAAUGAUUUCUUGGUUUCCGAUUAUAUACAAGCAAUUGAUGGAGUAUUCUCACAACUACUAAAACGAACUCCAAAAGAAAAUCACGUCUACAUUGGCGAAUUAAUUAAUGGGAAAGAGUUUAAACAAAUGGAUCAUUUAACAUGUUAUUUACCUGGAACAUUGCUGUUGGGUCAUCAUUAUGGCAUGCCCGAUUCCCAUCUACUACUGGCGAAAGAUCUAUUGGAAACAUGCUAUCAAACAUAUAUGAAACAACCCACACAGUUGGCUCCAGAAAUUUCCUACUUCGCUUUGACCGAAAGUGAAGAACUUGAUAUAUAUGUUAAGCCAAAUGAUGCUCAUAAUCUUCUCAGACCAGAAUUUGUUGAAAGUUUGUAUUAUUUCUAUGCACUAACUGGAAAUCGUAGCUAUCAGGAUAUGGGUUGGACUAUAUUCCAAGCAUUUGAAAAAUAUGCUAAGGUAGCUCACGGUUAUUCAUCGAUUGGAAAUGUUAAGAAUAUAUUCAAUACACGUCUACGUGAUAUGAUGGAAAGUUUUUGGCUGGGCGAAACCUUAAAGUAUUUCUAUCUGCUUAGUAAUAAUCCCAAAGAAAUAGAUUUAGAAAAAUGGGUGUUUAAUACGGAGGCUCAUCCUCUGCCCGUUCGAGAAACUAAUUUAUAA